AUGAAGGGACGCCAAGGAGAAAGAGUUAGAUUGUACGUUCGAGGAACAGUCCUCGGUUACAAGAGGUCGAAGUCGAACCAGUACCCAAACACUUCCCUGAUCCAGAUUGAAGGAGUGAACACAACAGGGGAGGUUGCAUGGUACAAGGGAAAGCGUUUGGCUUACAUCUACAAGGCCAAGACAAAGAAGAACGGUUCUCACUACCGUUGCAUUUGGGGCAAAGUCACUAGGCCUCAUGGUAACAGCGGUGUCGUCCGUUCCAAGUUCACCUCAAACCUACCACCUAAGUCAAUGGGAGCUAGAGUCAGAGUCUUCAUGACAAGCCAUAGUGGGACCCCACUGUCUGCUCCUCCAGCUAAAAGCCUAAAAGUAAACAUAAAAAGGAUUUUACCCAAUCUCCGUUAUUCUUCUAUUCAUUUGCUGGAUCAUCUCUUCUUCCUCCUCGUCAUCGCUUUGAUCGUCACACAGAUCCUCCAUUUUCGUUACACCGACGAAAGUUUUACUUUCGUUGGAGGAGGAUCAGAUCUUGGAAGGUCUCAGCUCAAGGAGAGGAGAAGAAGAAGGUGA